AGUGAUAGAUAUCCUUCCCAGUUCCCCACAUAUACUUUUUCGCUUCCCGGAAUCCUUCAUUCCAUUCACCGUCGUUUUCACCGUCAUCGUCGCCUUCGUCCCCCGUGCUCCGACCCCUUUCUCAGGUCUUCUCCAGCUUCUAAUGGGUCCAGCCAUUCCAAUUGCGAUCUUCUCCGUCGUUCUCGGCGCUUUCCUCGCUAUCGUCUUCUUCGGCUGCUACUUCCGCAAGCGAAGAUCCGAAGUCCAAUCCAUUUCCAAACCUGAGCUCCAAUCCGAUCCCAAAAUCCGAUCCUCCAAGCCAUCUCAGCCGAUCACCAAGAAGCACCACUCCAAACCUCAUUCGCAUGCUUCCGAUAAGGAUCAAAACAAACGGCAUCAUCCGUUGGAUGUGAAUACUUUGAAAGGUCAUGGAGAUUCUGUGACUGGCUUAUGCUUCUCCUCAGACGGAAGAAGUCUCGCUACUGCUUGUGCGGAUGGGGUGAUCAGAAUAUUUAAGUUGGAUGAUGCUUCAAGCAAAAGUUUCAAAUUCUUGAGAAUUAAUUUGCCUGCUGGAGGCAAUCCCGUGGCAGUUGCAUUUUCCGAUGAUGCAUCAUCUGUGGUUGUGGCUUCUCAAACCGUGGCUGGUGGUUGUUCCCUAUACAUGUAUGGAGAAGAGAAGCCCAAAACCUCUGAGGGAAAUAAACAGCAAAACAAGCUUCCGCUUCCCGAAAUCAAGUGGGAACGUCACAAAGUCCAUGACAAAAGAGCUAUCCUGACUUUGUUUGGAACUGCUGCCACUUAUGGCAGUGCCGAUGGGAGUACAAUUAUCGCUUCUUGUUCAGAAGGUACGGAUAUUAUGCUUUGGCAUGGUAAAACUGGCAAGGAGGUUGGGCAUGUUGACACAAACCAAUUAAAAAACAACAUGGCUGCUAUAUCACCAGAUGGGCGGUUUAUAGCUGCAGCAGCUUUUACUGCUGAUGUGAAGGUUUGGGAGAUUGUAUACUCAAAGGAUGGUUCAGUCAAGGAGGUUUCAAAAGUUAUGCAGCUUAAAGGGCACAAGAGUGCUGUGACGUGGUUAUGCUUUUCCCCAAACUCGGAGCAGAUCAUCACAGCGUCAAAAGAUGGCUCAAUAAGAAUUUGGAAUAUAAAUGUCCGGUAUCAUUUGGAUGAGGAUACAAAAACACUGAAGGUGUUUCCAAUUCCACUUCAUGAUUCAAAUGGGGUUACUUUGAACUAUGAUCGUCUUAGCAUAUCUCCUGAUGGAAGAAUAUUGGCUGCAACACAUGGUACAACAUUGCAGUGGUUAUGUGUUGAAACUGGGAAAGUUUUAGAGACAGCUGAGAAGGCCCAUGACGGUGACAUCACUUGCAUUUCAUGGGCACCUAAGGACAUUCCAACAGGUAAUAGGCAACUGCUGCUUUUAGCCACAGCGGGCGUCGACAAGAAGGUAAAGCUGUGGGCAGCUCCAUCACUCCCUUUAUCGUAAAGCAAUCCUAUGAGUUCGUGCAAAUAGGAGCUUUGACAUGAAAGAGCUCCAGAUCUCGACGGUGUUGUGAAUUAACGUUGAAGAUGCUACACGCGUUCUUACCUUUGUUCCUUAUAAGUUAAAGGGCUCUAACAAAUUCAUGGAAGUUCCGUAUGCCAUUAGAGGCAGAAGCUUGAAACGCAUUACACUAGGUUCAAAUGAGAAAACAACUCUGUUUUACUUGGAUAGCCCAAUUUUUCUGGGAUUUUGGUGACUAAACAUCUUAUACUGAGUUGGAUGGAGAGUGGUUGGUUUACAUUAUUAGUGUGUUAAUUUUUUUUUUUUUUUUUGACAGUGUAAUGUAGAUUUUCAGUUCAUGCGAGAGUAGACUUGGUUAUGAGGGAAACAGUGGGUGCCUUUAAGAAUAUAUAUUUUUUUUGUAAUUAUUGCAGCCAAAUCACCUGGACGUAGAAGAUAUUGACUGAAAAUGUU